AUGUUUUAAUAGAUAAGCGAUAAAAUCAUUUAAAAAAUUAAUAUUCCCCCAAAGAAAUUAUUUUAUAUAAAUUAUAUAAUUAUAUAAAUUAAUUGGAUGUAGCCAGAAUACUUAAAAACUUUAUAAUAUUGCUAAUAAAAGUAUUAGACAAUCCUACCUAAUCAGGAUGUAAAGUUUGUAUAUUUCUUUAUUAAACUAGACCCUUGUGCAAAGUCAUCAAAUCAUCUAAAUUUUCGCUUAAUAUGAAAUCCUAGUAUAGUUGCUGAUUUAAAAUGCAUUGUUCUGUAAGUCAGAGGCUUUAAGAUAAAAAAGUAUAUAGAUGUUAGAACAGUUAGAAAAGCAUGAUCAUGCAUAAUUAUACAGUAUUGAUUUGUCACAAUUUAAUGACAAUCCUCUUACAAUUGAAGUUUCUCCUUUAUAAAGUUCUUUUUAAUUACCGCUAUUAAAACAGUUUAAAACUAUAUUAGAGAACAUUAACAAAAAUUUUGAUGAUAAAAUAGUUAUACUUAAGAAAUAUACUCCUCUUAUUCAAACUAGUUAUUUGCCUUAAUAAUAUUAGAUUAGUAAGGUUAGGUGUAAAUUUACACCAGUAGAUGAAGAUUUAUUAUAUCAAGGUUUAUAAAAACAUGGAAGCAAGAAAUUGGAGGCAAUUUAAAAAGAAUUUUUAUGGGAAAAAACUUUGAAACAAAUAAAAAAUAAAUACAAAAAUUCAAUUUGUAGUAAUGCAUAAAUGAAUAAGAUUAAAACCUGGAAACUUAGUUAAUAUGAAUAUUUGAAUUAAAAAGAACUAUAACAAUUUAUUAAAGGAAUUUAAUGGUUCGGAAAAGAUAAAUGUUAACUUAUUCAUAAAUUCUUUGUUACAACAAGAAGUUCAGAUUUUUUGAAUAAGUAAUAAAAUCAUGCUAUUAUUUAGUGAAUUAAUUAAAGCUGAUUAAUUAUAGAAAAAAAGAAAAAAACACAACAUUCCAGAAUCAUAUCCAAAUCAUUAUGAAUAAUUAUGGAAUGCAGAAAGAAAGAAAAUAUAAUUAAAAGUAAUUUAUUUACAUUAAUUAAGCAAAUUUAAAAAGAAGAAUUACCAACAUACGAUAAAUUCUUUAAUUUGUCUUAUGAGUAUUCAAAUAGUUUUUGUAAAUCAAAUUUUGAAUUCAGUAGAUUAGGAGGUUACAAUACUUAGUUUUCAAUCCAGUUGCAAUAAGCAAACUAAAUUUAAUAAUAAUAAUAAUAAUAAUAAUAAUAAUAAUAAUAAUAAUAAUAAUAAUCCUAAUAAUAAUAAUAAUCAUAAUAAUCAUAAUAAUAAUAACAAUAAUAAUAACAAUAAUAACAAUAAUAAUAACAAUAAUAACAAUAACAAUAAUAAUAAUAAUAAUAAAAAGUUUAGACACCUUUCGAAGUUUGGAAAAAUGCAAUUAGUUCUUUGCCUGAAUUAAAAGGUUGA